AUGGCCGAGGUCUUUGGUGCGGUUGCCGGUGCUAUUAGCAUCGCUGCCCUUUUCAACAAUUGCAUUGACUGUUUCGACUACAUCCAGAUUGCCCGACAUUUCGGCGACGAUUUCUCCAAGUACCAGCUUAGACUCGAUGUCGCGAAGUGUCGGCUGUCGAGAUGGGGUGCAGCCGUCAAUGUCAACGACGACCCACGAUUCUGUAAUAAUGCUUCAAAGGAUCAAACAACGACGUUGGCCGAGACUCUGCUGGGAGAGAUAGUGGCAAGGUUCGAAUCAGCACAAAAGUCUUCACUGUUAUAUAAGACGGUAUCUCGAGACCCAGAAUUGGAAAUUUGUUCUGAAGCAGAUCUCGGCGCAGUCCCCCAGCGCCUGCACACUCACUUCCGGACACUCACCAUGCAGCGACAGAAUCGCGUUGGGCUGACCAAGAAAGCAUACUGGGCAAUCUACGACAAGAAUAAGAUGGGAAGAUUGAUUGACGACAUCUUCGACUUCAUUAAUGACUUGGAGAAAGUUUUCCCUGCUACCCCUCAGGCUACCAGUCGAUUGGUCGAGAUGGAUAUUGAGGAAGUCAAUGACCAACAGGGAUUGAAGAUGAUCCAAGGUGCGGCUAAAGACUUGGAUCCUAUCUUGGCAGAUACGACUGAAAGCAAACUUCAAGAAAUCACUGGCCAGAACACUGCUGGGUACAUCAGUGGGAAGGGAAGGACUAAUAUUGGCCAUACAUUUGUAAACGAUUCAUUUGUACAAUCGAAGGGGUUUUGCGACAACACAUUCAACCACGUCGAUGAGAUCAAUUUGGAUGAGACUGCACGAGUAAACAUUGGGAAUACGUAUGGUGGCAAGGGCUUCUGGGACUGA